AUGUUUUUAAAUGGAAAUUCAUUUGCAAUGGAUGUCAAUACAACCGAACCCGAUCUAUUGACCGUGGAAACUUCUCCUACUCUUGAUCAAUCGUCGUCGUUAAGUUCUCCAGAUCUACAAGACACGUUAUCUGCGGCCCAACAUUCUUCAUCUACAGUAUCAUCAAGUGAAAAAUACACGCGUGAAAAAAUUCAGCAUUCAUUAAAAUACAACAAAACUAAAUACGUUGUUCUCAGCAAUUCGAACAAUAAAAAAUCGUCUGACUGCUGGCGUUUAUUUGGUUUUCCAGCAAAGCGCGAUUCAAGUGAUAUUCCUCGGAAAAUUGAAGGUUUUGUUUCAUGCAGAAACUGCUUUGCGACCUAUUCGUAUGUUUCCAACAGCACUACUUUUCUGAAAAAGCAUCAUUGUGAUUCUCCUCGUCAACAAACCAAAUCUACACCUUUGUCUUCAUCUCGUAGCUCAACUACUUCCUCUCAACCUUUGAUCACUGGAUAUGGACAUCCAAAAUCUAUCCGUCUGACAGAUAGCCAUUCAAGAGAAAUGAAAGACUUAUUGGUUCGAUGGGUUUGCCAGGACAUGCGACCUUUCGCCGUAGUCGAUGACGUUGGUUUUCGUGAAUUUUCACAACGCUGCAUAUCAAUCGGUGCUCAAUACGGAAAUAUCGAUGUCAAUCAAGUCCUUCGUUCUGCUCAUACCAUAUCUUCCCGCACUCAUGAAUUAGCCGACAAAGAACGAUCUCGAUUGAAAGAACUUCUAGCUGAUGCUUUGCAAAACGGUUCACUUUGUUUAUGUCCUGAUCUGUGGACCGACAGCAAUCAACAGUGUUCGUAUUUGGGCAUUUCUGCUUCUUUUGUCGAUGAUAAAUAUCAAUUGCACAGCAUCGAUUUGUGCUGUCAUCCAUUUCCGAACGUCAAAAAAACUGCGGAAAAUAUCUUUAUGGAAAUGGGAAAAGCAUUAGAACGUUUCGACAUUUUUGAUCUGACUCAAGUAACAUUUGUUUCUGAUCGAGGUGCUAAUUUUGUCAAAGCAUUACAACAUUUUCAAGCAUACUCAUGUACCGCUCACCGCCUCAAUAAUAUUGUAAAACGUUGUUUCUUCAUAAAUGAGGCGAAGAAGAACGAGGAAGACUCUACUAGCACUGAAGUUUCCUUUGAUGAUAAUGGACCCGAUGAAGAAGAUGUUGACGCACUGAUCGAUAUCAAUUCGUUGAGCGAUGUUCCGAAAAAGGCUUUAUACAUUCUUCAAAACGUGAUCGAAUGCAAAAAACUCGUGAAAUAUGUCAAACAAUCUGGAAUUAACAAAGAGAUUAAAGAAUCCGGUGGCAUUAGUCUUAAACAAUCAACUGCUGUGCGAUGGCUUUCGUUUGUGAACCUUCUCGAAUCUAUUGAUCGAUCGUUUUUGGCUAUUAAAAAGGUUCUUGCGAAUAAGAAAAAGACUUUUGCGAUACAAUUGGACGUUGUGCAAGGGUUGGUUCGACUUCUACUGCCUUUUAAAGAACUAAUCAUUAAACUUCAAACUGGCAAAAUGCCAUCCUUGCAUUAUGUUCUCAUUGGAAUUGGCACUCUUCAAUCAGCUUUAUCGUCUUUCGACUCUUUAUUAGAAUAUGAGAAGAAGAACAAAAAGUAUUCAUGUAAAGAGGACCUUUGUUCAUUAGAUGGUGAUGAACCGCGUUUAUCCGAUGAAGAUGAAGGUCUUCGUUUCUUUCGUCUACGUCUAUUACAUUUAAUUAAAGAAAUGUUCAAAUUCCAACAAAUUCAUUAUGCCUCGAACAUGCUUCAUCCUAAAUAUCGACACCUGAAGAAAACUGGUAGUCAUGAUAAACAUUCAUGUAAAUCAUUUAUCCGUCAAAUGAUGAGGAAGAUUGUCGAUCAAGAAAAAUCAACUUUAACUUCUUCAUCAUGUUCUUCAAGCAAUAAUCUUUAUGAACCAUCUCCAAAGAAGAUAAAACACUUUGGUGAAGAUUAUGAGACUGGAAACAUGAGCGAUGAAUAUGAAGAAGAUAAUGAUGAACUAGAAAGGUUUCUCGCUAAACGUUUGAAUAUCUUGGAUCUUCCUGAUAAUCCACUUGAUUUUUGGCGUAACCAUAGGAUGGAAUUUCCCAUCUUAGCUAAAGUGUCUCGUCAAGUAUUCAGUAUCCCAGCCACAUCAGCAGCGGUCGAAAGGACAUUCAGCGCAGGUGGAAAUGUUGUUACCAAACGUCGAACUAAUAUCAAGCCGGAGCAGUUGAAUAACGUUCUUUUUUUACGAUCUUACUAUUCACGUUGA